UCUCCGCUCGGCCGCCGUAGCGAGCGCGCGCGAAAGCAGGGAAUCGCGGCCUAGCGUUGCCAUGGCGGCGGCGGUGGAGGGUCGCGGAGGGGAAGGGUCGCUGUGGGGCUCUCGGGGCCCGGGUCGACCCGUCAUGGAGGACGAGCUUUACCUGGAGAACAUCGACGAGUUCGUCACGGACCAGAACCGAGUCGUGACAUAUAAAUGGCUGAGCUUCACCUUGGGAGUUCAUGUGAAUCAAGCAAAACAAAUGUUAUAUGACUACAUAGAAAGGAAACGAAAGGAGAACGCGGGAGCCCAGUUGCAUGUCACCUAUUUACUGGCAGGGAACCUUGUUCAGAAUGGGCACACCUACCAUAAGGUUGCAGUGGUGAGAGAAGACAAAUUAGAAGCCAUGAAGUCCAAGUUCUCCACGUUGGCCAGCGUGCACGUCUACAGCAUCCAGAAAGCCCAGCUCAGGGACAGCAGCCCCCUUUUCAACACCGACUACGACAUCCUCAAGGCGAAUCUCGAGAACUGCGGCAAAUUCAGCGCCAUUUGCUGCCCUGCCGCCGUCACCAGGCCUGUUGCCGAAGGCUCCCCGGCUGAGACCCCCGCCCAGCCGCCCCCCUCCACAAGUGUGCCCCCCGCACUCAAUGGCCAUGCUCCAGGCAUGCCUUCCAAGCAGCCCGCCCAGCCGAUGAAAGGCAUUAUGGGAAUGUUUGCGGCCAAAGCAACCUCCAAAUCCAAGAACGCCCACAAGGAAGUGAAACCGGAGACCAAAGAGACGCCCCCCGGUGCUUCGGUGACCAACAGUAAAGGCCCAGCGAAAGGAAACAUGCUGAACAAUUUCUUUGGCAAGGCUGCUGUUAGCAAAGAAGGCAAAGCCAGUGCUGAGCCUGAGCCACAGAAGGAAGAGGGAACCGCGGCCAAGUCCCCCAUUUCUCCCCUGGACCCCAAAUCUCCUCUUAACCCUCCUGGCCAUGAGAAGCCCAGCAAGGAGGCUGAGCCGGCCAGAGGGCGGCAGAGGGAUAAGAAAAG